GUAUGGUUCCAAAAUCGAAGAGCUAAAUGUCGGAAACAUGAAAGUCAAAUGCAAAAAAUCGGCCCGAACUCCCUCUCUUCCGAUCUGAUGAUGGCUUCUAGUACGCCCAUCGAGUCCUCUAGGAUCGCACCCUACAUCAACGUCUCAAGUGCCAUGGCUCGUUUGCCCCAAGAGCGAUAUCUGGUUCCAGGAGCUCAUUACUUGCCCUAUGCAGAUCCGGCUUUCCUUGCGGCCGCCCAACACUAUGCCGCUGCAGCUGCGGCAGCAGCUGUAGCCAACACGACGUCAGCUGGUGCUACUACAGGAGCAACUUCUGGGACAGCAACUCCUCAUCACAGCUUCCUUUUCUACCCAACACCCACUCACCCUUUCAGUUUAUCAGCAUUGAUGGCAGCCGAAAGAUUAAAUAACAAGAACUCAAGCAUCGCAGAUCUCCGGUUGAAAGCUCAGAAACAUGCGGCAGCUCUAGGACUGUGAAGAACAUUAUCCGAAGGCCAUCCUUAAACUAAAUAAUGCAUCACGCUAAUAAUGGUACGUGGAAGAUUCUGUGGGAGACUGAGAAAUAUUCAGGAAUUAUUCCAUUAUGUCCCGUACCAUUUGUUGUUUUGGAAUCUUGCUAGCAUACUCAAACUACUGUGAUUAAAACAAAAUGUGUGUCAAAAGGAUCUUUAAAUUUCUUUUGCAAUAAAGUAUAUGCUAAAGCGAUACAUAAGAAAUGAUAAAGCCUUAAAGUCAAUGCUUGGACAACAUUGUUCCCUAAAACAUUUUCUGCGAAAUGUUGAUCUACUGUAUUUGUCUGUCGGUAAGUUUUCCCAUUAAUACUGUUUAAAGAAACUCAAACCCAAUAAAUACAUUUUUAAAUAAACGUUAUUCUAAUGCAUUUCACACACAUGUGCAAAUGCGUAUAAAAGUGUCUGAAAUAAAAAUCGCCUAGCUUUGGGAAUGCAUUUUAGGAGCCGAAUAUAAAGAAAAAAAAAUUCCAGUGUACAAGUGGCAGAAAAAGUGUACUUCAUUAUUUGAAAAGGAGUGUCAAUAAUAAGGAUAUGCAGAAACUAACUGCGAAAUCCAAGCUAAUAAGGUAGAUACACAGAGCUUAAUGAAGGAGCAUAAAUCAGGUAAUAUGAUCCUAGUUUUCAAUAGCGCGGGGUUCUCAGCUUUAAUCGAUAGUGUUGCAGCUACCAAAUUUGAGAUGCAACAUGAGCGGCAUUUUGUAUAACGAAGACCAAAGAAAGAUUACACAUCUACUUGUAUGUUACAAUCAAAUUUUUGCAAAAUGAGUCAUCAGAUAUAGUACAGGCAACACAUCUUUGUAGAUACUACUGGGGUAUAUUCCAAGGUAUUUGAUUGUUUCAGAUCGAUUCCAGAGCGUUUUCAGCAUGCUAUCGAAGUUUGUCUGGUGAAUUAAUUGUGCAGACAUAAAUGUCGACUUUUAAAUGACACAUUGGUUCAAAUCAGACAUUGGUAGGCCAUUCUUUGGAAGCAGUGUACUCACUUCGUCUGCAGCCUUAGGAACUAUGCGCAAGUAUCCAAGCAACCCGUGGAAAAUAUGUAAACGCUACAUUAUGAAUAAACUACAAGCUUCGAUAUGUAGAAAAGGAACAUCUCACUGUAAUACCAGCAAACAGUGUUUCUGCAUCCUCUUUUAAUUGAUUUUCAAAGUUCCAUAGUUCGUAAAUAUGCAAUAAUAUAAUUCGCAAUAUGUUUUGUGUAUCUUAGGGAGUAAAGUGCAUUCCCACCGUUUGACGACUUUAUUCUGGAACUCUUUAAAUGCAUAGUUAAUGCAGUAUAACUGUGUAUUAUUAUCAGAUAAAAUGCUUUCAGAUCCCAUUUGAUCUAAAAUUAUUAGAAAACAUUUAUUUCAUAAUCCAACGUCAUGAUUACGCAGCUUUUUUUCCGGAGAAAUAUUCUUGUCAUCUAACAUGUAUUUUUUCUCAGUAGUAACUAUUCAUAACUGCGGGGAUCAGGCUUCGACUGUACACAGUACAUAUUCAAGGACACUAAAUAAAUUCUAAAUACAUAUAACAUUAGACAAUGAAUAUUUAUAUGCCGAUUAGUUUGUUUUAAUGGAAUAAAAUCAAACAUUUUCCAAUCAAAUAUUUAGUUAAUAUUUUCUAUUAUAAUUCAUAAUGAUAACAAAUGUUGUUUAAUGCCUUAUCAUAAUGGGCUGUCAUUAAUAAAGUCAUAUUCAAAUUUCAAAUUUUUCAAAAAGUGAAUUUUCAGGGCCAAAAGAAAUAAAUCUUCAUAUUCGAAUAAAGUAAAAAACAGGAGUUUUGAAUAAGCUGAUAAAUUCAUUAAUAAGCAUAAAAUAAAAAAAAAUCUCUUUGAAAUGGUGCUAAAAAUGAACAAUUUGCCUUCGUUAAUUGUUAUAUUACUCAGUUUUUAGAAUGGAAAAAAUGUUUGAUAACCUGAAAUAGCAGCAAACCUGCUGUAUUAAUUAUACCUCGCUUAUUCCCAAAAGACGUAGUACUAAAAAAAGUUUAAUUAAAUGAAUAAAAAGUGCAUUUAAAAGGAGAGAAGAUCAAGAAUAUUAAUACUGUCAUAAAUAUCUUAACAUUCAAUUUCAAAUAGUAAUGUAAUUUGUUGAAUAACUUCUAUCCAUUUUCAAUAUUGCUUAGAAAUUCGAGAAGAAAGUAAAACCAUACAUCACAUCCAAGCAACUGAGAAGUGAACUUGAAAAUAUUAUAGUAGUAACUGGAGAGCUUUAUCCUUCUUGAUUAAUUAUGCUUUUUACCACUAUUUUAUUUACACCGAAAAUGACACUAUGAUGUGCGUAAAGCUACUUUAAGUUCUGGGAAAAUCCCAAUACUUGAGACUCCCAAUACUCAAUAAAAUAGGCAAUAUGUUCCUGGAAGUUGUUGUAGACAAGGGAUUCUUGUUCUGGAGUGCAACACCUAAUUUCAAAGAUAUGACGAACAUUGGUUUGUGGUCUGCUGCAUUAAGUUUUAAGCUCUAACUCCCCGAAAGCUGACAGUUUGCAUUAUGUGAUAUGAUUGUAGCAGAUUCAAAUGUUGUUCAAAUGUAAGAGAGUAAAACACAAAAAAGGGCAGAAAAGUUAGGAAACACACUUUUAGCCAUAUACCUAUUGCAAGGAAACGUCCCAGGUGUGACGUGGAUGAUCACGUUAAAAUAUUGUUAAUGUCUUAAUCAAAGUCUGAAAUUAUCUCAUAGAAACUAUGGCUCUCAUUCCAAAGACCAGUACGAUUAAAAACGAAUAUAUGAAUAUCUGUCUGCUGCUGAUGUGCUCUUACGGAAAUCGUGGUAUCAGAAGAAUUGUUAUUCAUUAUUAUAACUUAAUGAAAAUUAUCGUCAGUGAUUCUCCAAACCGAACUAAUUUCUUUCCUCACGUAAGAAAGAAACGAAUUGUACCAUGAAGUUCUCUAAAAUUGUAAAUGGUGUAAACAAUGAAUGGUUGUCAAGAACUGUAUAUAAUUCAAAGUUGAUGUGUUUAUAGAAAAGGCCUGUUUGAAUGGUAUAAUUGAUGUUUACGCUACUAUAUUCUAGAUGCAAUAAUUAUGUGAAAUAAAGAUGUGUUGUUUACAA